UUCUGCUCGUUUCGCAACCUGGAAAUGCUCGAGCGCCAGCCGCGGGUUCCGCGCGCCGAUCCAAGAGCGGCAACUGCGUCUUCCGAAAUAUGCUGAAGCGCAGCUAUUUUGUACGCGUUGGGUUUGGGUGAGGAAAGCGGCAGAAGGAGGCGAGGAGGAGCCGGAGCCGAGGUUAUGCUCAUGUGACCGCUGGCGGCACAGAGCUGGGGCUGCUGAGAAGUAGCUGCGACUGCUGCGGCUUUGCCCCGUUUCUGGAACUGGGUAACAGCGAGAGGGACCGGAGGAUUCGCUCCUCUGAAGGAUGCGAAGCCGCUACGCCCCAAACAGAUGAUGGCGAUACGAGAGCUGAAAGUGUGCCUGCUUGGAGAUACUGGAGUUGGCAAAUCAAGUAUAGUUUGUCGAUUUGUUCAGGAUCAUUUUGACCACAAUAUUAGCCCUACUAUUGGAGCUUCUUUUAUGACUAAAACAGUCCCUUGUGGGAAUGAGCUUCAUAAAUUUCUUAUCUGGGACACAGCAGGUCAGGAGAGGUUUCAUUCACUGGCACCUAUGUACUAUCGUGGAUCAGCUGCAGCUGUUAUAGUUUAUGACAUAACCAAGCAGGAUUCAUUUCAUACACUGAAGAAGUGGGUAAAAGAACUAAAAGAACAUGGUCCUGAAAACAUUGUAAUGGCUAUUGCUGGAAACAAGUGUGACCUUUCUGAUAUUAGGGAGGUACCUAUGAAAGAUGCCAAAGAAUAUGCAGAAUCUAUAGGUGCAAUUGUUGUUGAGACCAGUGCCAAAAAUGCAAUUAACGUUGAAGAACUCUUUCAAGCAAUCAGCCGGCAGAUUCCACCUUUAGAAACUUAUGAAAAUGGCGAUAGUGGAACAAUCAAACUUGGGAAGCAGACUGCUCAGACAACACGGAAAUGCUGUUAAACGAACCAGAGCCGGUUGGAUGCACUUGAAAUGAUAUCAUUUAUUUAUUGAACAACAGAGUUCAGAAAUCCAGUGACACAGUAUACUCUCUAAAAACAGUAAUAGCACUGUUCUUUAUCAAUGGGAUUAGUAGGAGAAAAUAUCCUUCAAAUGAAUUCUGCAGAAUUACAUAGACAAUUAAUUUAAGUAGUUAAAACAAUGACUCAGAUUAUUUGGAAUAAUCUGUUUAAACCAAUGGCUAUUUUAAAUAAGCAAUUAGUACAUUUUUUACAAAUCCUUUUUGUAUUUUCAAUAUGUUUCUUGUUAUGUAGACUUUUACAGAAUUAUAAUACAUAGUAUUUUAAUUGAAGAAACUACAUUUUAUCUUACUUAAUUUGGCUUCUGUGGCUUUUUAGAACUAUUUUUAAAGGUAUAAAUCAGGUACUUACCCUCUGCAUCCAACAUAGAUAAAAUCCAGUAACAAUAAUAACAUUUUGAUAAAUGUUAAACUUUUACUUCUGCAUUUGAAAAGCAAAGUCACUGAAAUACAAACAGCAUUUUAAAAUAAAUUAGACAGAAGCAGAGGCUUUGGGCAUAAAUACUGCAAAUGUUAAAUGCAAACAGACAUUAUACCAAAUGCCAAAAAAAGAGCAUGAUACACUUUUUAUUGAAUUCAUUUAAAUUUGGAAUAAUUUAACACUAAUGUGGCAGUUACAUACAUCAGUACUGUAGUUGUACUUUUCUAUUGCUAUUUGGUUUAAUAUCAUGACCUUUAGUGCAAUUAUCCACAUCUAUAUCUUUGAUCUGUCUGUUUCUGACUUAGUGACAAUACAGAUGCAAAGUGGAGUCCAAGGAAGUUGAGAACAAUUCACACAACUUUUUUAUCUGCUCCAUUUUCAUAAUAGAUUGAAUAUUAAUCUAAUACCAUACCAAGCUAGUACAAACAACAACAACAAACUGUUGAAAGGCCCAGUUCUGAUAUAUUUUACUUCAUGCUUCCUUUAUUGUAAAUUGCAUAUACCUGAAGUUGCUAUCUGUGCAGUAAACUGAUAGAUUCUGCCAUAGAUGUUUAUAGUAGCAAAAAGUGACAAAUAUAGAAUUAGGAAAUUCUAUAGAUGUAUUUUCAUGUAUUUUCAUGUCCUUAUACAUAUACAGUGGUUGGGAAUAGAUCCUCCUGAAGAAAAUCUGUCUAUAUGAUCUCUUAAGAAUCAACCCUGACUUGAUGGUACAUAAUCAAUUCUACAUGUACGAUACUGUUCCAUUGGGUAGAAUCAUAAAGUUAGAAGGAAUAUCAACCAUCAUUUAGUAGAAUCAUAAAGAUAGAAUCACAAAGUUCUGAAAAUCAACAAUCAUUUAGUCAGUUAGUAGAAUCAUAAGGUAGACUCAUAAAGUUCUACUAAAAGUCAUUUAGCAGAAUCUUAAAAUUAGAAGGAAUAUUAACAAUCAUUUAGUCUAACUACCGGCUUGAAGUGAUAUAUUAAUAUUGAUUGGUAUUACAGAAUUGCAUGUUUAGAUGUUAUUUUGUAGAAGUUGUGGAGGUACAAAAUAUUCCUAUGUAGAAAUGGGAGGGGAAACUAAUUUUUGCCAUCUGUGGGAUACUCAUGUUGAAUAAGCAACAUCAUAAUAUGUUUUGGGGCAGCUACAGAAAGAAGGUUCCUUGAAAACUCCUUCUGAAUAAAUAGAAGCACUUUGUUAUAUAGAAGCUUCAAUGCUCAUUCUUAUGUUAUGAAAUACAGACCUUUAGCUAAACCCCAGCUCUUUUGACAGUGAAAAUAGUCAAAAUAACCAUCUAACAACAGCCUAAAAGAAAGCUGUGAUUAUCUUUUUCUGUGAAUAAUUAGUGAAUGACUUUUUAUGGUUGAAAUGUUCUGCCAGAAUUCAUAUCUAAUUUUGCUAGGAAGAUUGACAUAAGAAUAAAAAGAAAACAGUAUAAUUUUUAGUGGAAGAGUAUUAGGGGAAAAAAAGAAUAUUAGAUAGUUUUAGGGGUCAUUCUUUGCAAAAGUUCACUCAAACAUUUAGAUCUAUAUGCAGCACGGUAGUUUUUAAGUAAAGAAAAUAAAUAUUUGAGAGUCAAGUUCAUGCAUGAAACUUAAAAUGGAAAGAAAGCAAAGCUCACUAUCAAUACAGUUUACAAUGAGCAAUUUCAGAAACUAGUGUACUCUUCAGUCCAACAAAUAUGUACUCAGAAAUAUGUCACACGGUGUUCUGUGGGCUUACUUCUACAUAAAUAGACAUAAGAUUGCCUUAGGAAUUUUUUUUGUUACACAUUUUACCUGAAGGUGGCAGGUUAUAUGAACUUGUUUUUUAGUUUUGUGUUCAGUACUGUAAUUAAGGUAAAGCAAAACGAAUCAUACUAUAAAAAUAAAUCCAAAUCUUGCUAUAAAUAAGUAAGAACUUGCUUGCCUUUUAAAAUUUGUAUAUAGCAUUCUAAGUUUAUUUUAAAGUAAUAAUAAAU